AUGUUGGUUUUGACAUCUUUGCUCACUUCCGUGGAUUGCAAACUGCGACAUCGGCUUGGUCGGGAACGCCAAAAGGGUGUAGCGACCACGAGCCCACGAAGGACGAUGAGAACGAGCCCCCGGAGAGUGAACGCCCGUCUUCGCAUUUCCUUUUCGGCGGCGCUUGCCUGCGGCCACACACCGAUGGCAGCUUGGGCGCCCGGUCGGUUGAGGAGCGUCGAGUCCGGCCGGCGCCUGCGCGAGCGAACGCGAGAGCCGAAGGAGCCAAGGGAGCCAGGGCAGUUUUCAGAAUCGCGGAAGCAUGUGACCUCCGAUGCGGCAUCGGCGCUAAUGCGCCGAGCAGCUGCAGCGGUCAAAGAGUAG